ACUGUUUUCGAGUAGGAGUACGAGGAGGAGGAGGUGGAGGAGGAGGUGGCGGAGAAGGAGGGGGGGCCCCACCACCACCACAGCGUGCGUCAGUAAGUCAAACAUGUUCCAAUAACGGGCUAUAUUAUCUGCUGCUAUUUGCAGUUUGCUGUAGCCAGGCGUCAGAGUGAGCCUGGGCAGGAAUCUGCAGCGCUUUUCUCCGUCUCUUUCAGUGAUGGAAACGGUCUCUAAAGGAAUGGCAUCUGCAAGGCUACAGGCAGGGAAGAGGUAGGGUGAAGUUUCCUGUUACUUUUGAUGUGUAUGAUUUUUUUUUUCUUUAAUCUAGUCGAAAUUAUGUAGUCUUGCACAGGAUAUUGAUUUUGAGCUUGAGCACCAGCCUUUAUAUUUCAUAACCAGGGGCAGUAAUUGAUGAUAUUGUUGGGAGAAAUAUCACAAUAUGUGUUAAAUUUUCUCAUCUGUUUUAAUUUUUUUCUCUCUCUCUUUACCUGCUAACUUGAUGUAAAAGUGCAAGAAAAGUCCUCAGACAAACACCUGCUGAAGCACACUGUCAUUUACAGCCUACCAUAGUCACCUACCACGAUAUUUAUAAAUAGCUUUUACAUUUAACUUGUAUCUUCUUUUGUUUUCAUUUCUUUUACUAUCUUAUGCUAUCAAUAUGUUAAUUGUUUAGCAACAAAACACAAUCAGACUCUGAUUCUGAUCUGAAUUUUUCUUGAAGGAAUCUAAUCUUUACGCCUGGAACUACAAGCACCACACAAAAAGACCACACAUUUAUCCAUCCCUGAGCUCUGAGACAACAAAGGAUGGCAGGGAGUGUGAGGAUAAAUACUGCAAUGGGACACAGAUCAGGGCCGUGGGCAGUGUGUGUCUUUCUUAGCUGGCUUGUCCUCGACCAGCUUGGGGUCAAUGCCCAGAACAAUGAGAGGAGGGUACUAGCUCAUAUCCCCGGGGACAUUAUCAUAGGAGCUCUGUUCUCCGUUCACCAUCAACCACCUGCAGACAAGGUAUGUGUUAUGUUUCUCUUUGUGCUCAUUUGCUUCUUUAUGUGAUAAAUGUUAGUUAUUCAGCUUUGCAAUGCUCGCUUAGGUUCAUGAGCGAAAGUGUGGUGCCGUGCGAGAGCAGUAUGGAAUCCAGAGAGUCGAGGCCAUGAUGCACACUCUAGAUCGAAUCAACGCAGACUCCACUAUCCUCCCAAAUAUCACCCUCGGCUGUGAGAUAAGGUCAGAAACCAUUACCAAGCUGUCUCAUAUUUUUCUGUUUUAAUCGUUCGGAUGAUGAGUGGAGAAUUCUGGUACAUGUGCAACAAUUUUGGCUCACCUGUUGGUCUGAGAGAUAGACCUUAAGGACUACUUAGUACAUAUAAAUGUUAUUAUACUUAUACCUUAAUGAUUCAGUACAUUACCAACAUAUUUGGUUGUAUCUAAACGUUUCAGACAGUUUUUUACACAAUCUGGGAUGAGUUGAAAUAGAAAAGGAUCAAUUUAGAAAGCAGAGUCAUAAAAAACCAUCGCAGGUGCCUGAAUUUAGCAGGCACCUGUAAGCAGAGAUGUUAAGUAUCAUCAGCAGUUAGGUAAUGAUCAUAAAUGGUGGGAUGCUUUUUGAAGUCAGCUUUUAUCGGAUGCACUUAGGCAAGGAUAGGAGGAUCUAUUGAUGAUGGUGUACUUUUUAAAAUUCAAGCCAUUCAAGGAGAGCAAGAGGCUUCACUAGCUGCUACAAACUACCAAAAAGCUUUCAGGUCUGCCAUAUCUGCCAACAACAAGUUGGGCAGAAUUGAGUACAUCCUAAAUAACUAUUAAAGGAUUAUAUUUGAAGCAAAAGUCAAACCUCCUAAAAGGGGGUACCUGCAUAUAGGUGGAUGGAGAAAUUAGACCCUAAAAGAAGACUGAUAGGUUACCUUAUAGUGUGGCUAAUGAAGUAAACCACACAGAGGCGGAAGUCUACUACCAAUGACGUAGAUUUCAAGCUUUUAGACUCACAGGCCACUCAGGCUGAGCAGUCUUACCCUCCAACAAAGGGUGGCAGAAGAUAUUGCCUGGACUAAAGCUAUAGCAACUCUCAAAUGACUAAUGCUUGUUUGUGGUGUGAAUCGAUCUAUUUCAAGCUCAUCCACACUGUAAAACAUGAGUGACAAAAUGAAUGGGAUUCAUGUCUUUCUGAAUUUGCUGAAACACUGUCAAGGGGAUCAAAAAAGGUACUUGAUAAAGUUUGGAAGAUACCAGCAUGAUUUGAGAGGCUGAAACUUCUGGAAUCCCUAAAAAAAAAAACAACUUUGGCAGAACUGUUCAUUACAGAUUUUGAAUUAAGUGUUUAUUAGAGACUUUCAUACCCAAGUGGCUACUUCAAACUAUCAUCCACUUAAUCCUACACUGCUUUCCCAAAUAAAAAUAAGAACUCAAUCCUUCACUCCCAGGGACUCGUGCUGGCACUCAGCUGUGGCACUGGAGCAGAGCAUCGAGUUCAUUCGGGACACGCUGGUGUCCAACGAGGAGGAGGAGAACCAGGGUAAGUGCACAGCGGAGCAGGGGAGCAUGCUGCUGCAGGGGAAGAAGCCGAUUGUGGGGCUGAUUGGACCUGGAUCCAGCUCUGUGGCCAUCCAGGUGCAAAAUCUCCUCCAGCUCUUCAAUAUCCCACAGAUAGCUUACUCAGCCACGAGCAUGGAUCUCAGUGACAAGGUAAGGCCACAUUACAAAAACAGUGGCAUCAACAGUUGGCUUUUUACUUGAGUUAGUGUGGACAAUAAUAAGUCAGUGCAAACUUUACAAUGUUACCAAACUUGGAACUGAAAUAUUUACCAUAAUGCAGCUUCUAACAAAUAAAACGUGAGAUUUUCUGAUUAGUUUCUGCAGCACCUGUAGAUGAAGCAGUACCUAUAACACAUGACAUUAGUAUUUUUUGACAGAAAACUCAUGCAUCUGCGUUUUUGUAACAGUUAAAUGUGUCACUUGUUAUUUGCUGAAGAAAAAGGGAAACAAAAAACAAGCUGUUUAAGUUGCUAAAAGUGUUACAUUGAAGUGUCUGUCCAGGUUUGCCUUAGAAGGUCAUGAAGAGAUAAUUGUGAAUUUGAAUCUGUUUUAUAACCUGUCAAAAAACUCUCCACAGAGCCUUCAAUGUAGAGUGACUUGUGGAUUUAUGUACGACAAGUAUACAGGUUGUCAUGUGAAAACGUAUUCAGCCCAACUUUGACUGUCUAAAUUUAUUUCCACAGAGCCUGUAUAAAUAUUUCAUGAGGGUGGUGCCAUCAGAUAUGCAACAGGCCAGAGCCAUGGUGGACAUAGUCAAAAGAUACAACUGGAGCUACGUAUCUGCUAUACACACAGAGGGUAAGAGGGUGUGUGCUUAUGCUCUGAUGUUUUAUAAAAGUCCACAUUUGUUGUCUUUUUUUAUGACAUUAUACCCUGAUAAGAUGUUAGUGGAUCCAAUGUAACAUUUUUAGUUUAAUACAAGAAGUACAAAUUUCAUGGAAGUAUUAAUUGAUAACACUUAUGUGCAUUAUUGUACAAGCUUCAAUGUUAACAUCCAGAGCGUGUUUCAAUGCAUUACACAUUAAAGCAUAAUACUUGUACUCCAGACAUUCUGACCAUGCAUUAACAAGCAAAAAAAGAGCCAUUCAUAGACUGUGUAUCAUUUUGGGUGUGAAAAAUCUCCUGCAGUGAGAAAACCGGAGCUGGAAAAGUCUUUAUUUAAACGUGUACUAAAUCAUCUUCCUCUAAAACUGCAGAUUUAGUUGUCACAUUGCUGUGGAGGCUGUAAUUAAUGAGAUGAAAUUGGAGUUGAUAUAAAACCAGCUCUUAUUAUUUAUUCUCUGUAAUGCUGUUCAUCAUUGGCAAAGCAUCACAGGGAACAUCUGGUUUGGCUGUGAACCCUCUGGGUGUGGUGGAGCUCUGUCCACUGCAAGCUUUAGCUACUGAUAGUAUUCUGGUGGCAGCAGCAGCUCAUUAUUCAGAUUACCCUCGUACAACUUCACUUCUUUGUCCUGUCUUAACUUUCCUUAAGGGGUUAUAGAUUAAACUGAGCCAGAGAGAUAUGUCAGGUACUUCGAAAGAUUUAAGAUUCAUUUAUUUACAACCUCUGCUUAUUUUUAUUUAUAUGACUCUGUCAUAUUUAUCACUGCAGAGUCGAGGCUAACUUCCAUCUAUUUUUUUUUCUUUUGGAGUAAAUUCAAGUGAAGACAUUUGUGAAAUAUUACCAAAACAGGGAUUAACAUUUCUUUAAAUAAUCCAGCCCGUAAAUCAGCUUUGCCAUCGCUCUGUAGAAACACAUCAGAAAGGUUGAACAUCAUUCAGUCAGCCUAAGUAUUCUAUACAGCUGCCAUAGAUUUACUGUAUGCUCUUCAAACCUAUUAGUGGUUGAUAUCAUAUGUUUGUUAUAAAUCCUCCAUGAUAGGGAAAAGAGGCUUUUAAGUUUGUGUCCUUACCAUUUUUUUCUUAUAUAAAAAGUCAUGCCAUGUCAUGUGUAACUCUUUUAACUGAAAAGCCCUUUGUUUUAAGGUUUAUGUUUUGUAACUAUUAAGCUGUCGCUUUGGAAGUGAAGUUGGCGGAUUUGCAAAAAUGACUGCACUUUCUUGCUGUUUUUUGGUAAUGCACUUAGAGUUGGUUUAUUUCUCAAUUGUAAGUAUACACAGUACAAAACAUUAAUAUUCUCAAGUUUUUAUGCUGUUUUCAUCAACCUCAGUGAGCAACUUCUAUUGGAAAAAAGGUCUUUAAGUCAUCAAUGUCCAUUGUUGAAGAUGUUGAUUUAUAAGUAGAUGCUUAUUCUGUGUCUACCUGGAGACACUGAUUGAAUAUCUACGCUCAGAAUUCUCCUGGUAGUUCUGCUCUGUCACAAGAGCCACAAUAACUUCAAACAUACAAUCAACAGAUAUUACAAGUUUUAUCAUGUCAGUGUUAAGGUCAAAAUAAAAGCACUCAUUUAUAAAAAGUUCAUGUUUCUGGACUUUAAUCUGGGUGGUGAAAUAUUUGGACUCCCUGAUCCCCGACAUGCCAAACCCUUGUAAAAGACAGUCAGCCAGGAAACCCCUCAGUAUUCAGGGGUCUUUCUGCCUUUAUAGUCAAGGCUUUACAGCUGGAGGUGUUUGCAAAGGGCAGUUCCCUUUUCCUUCCUCUGCUGUGAGUAUUUAAAAGUAAUCACUGUAAAAUGUGUCUAAUUCAUUAUAACUUGUCUUUUAUUUUUUAUUUUUUUUCAACCCUGUUUUAAAAGUGACAGAUUCUGUAGCCGGAAAAAAAUAUUGUAGAGAAAUACCAAGAAAUACUGGUUUAAAAUGUCAAGAAAUAGAUCUUGGGUGUUUAGACCUGAUAAUACCCUGUUUUCAACAAAAGUUGAACAUUGAAAUCCUAGUUAAAGCUCACUGGCAAUGCAGAGUUUGAUGAAAUAUUAUUCACUUCUCUAUAUCAAGAGCUACAAAAGAAAAAUAGCAAUUUUAUAUAAAAAUGACAGCCAAAAUAUGCCUUUAUGGGUGCAGAAGUACAUAAGAAGUACUGUACUGCCUACUUGGAAUUCAUUUUACCCACAUCUGCAGGCACAAACUUUUUCCACAUUUAAAUUCAUCAAUAUAAAAAAUGAAAAGGCCUUUUGAAAAGAAAGAAAAAAAGAAUACCCAAUUACUCAGAGUUGACUUAAGGUGAAAACACAGUUUAAAAAUGCAAGACUGUGCUAACCGUUCAAGAUGACAUGCCACAUAUGGGAGUAAAACUCACACGUAGUAAUGAAAAGAUGCCUGAAGCAGUGUAAUGCCCAGAGUGAGAGCACGCUUGCAAAGCAGCGAAAAGUAGGUGACCUAAUUUCAGGCAAAAACAGGGAAGUCAAACCCCUGACAGCUCCCGUAAUUGGGGACAAAAUUACCUGAUUCUCAAGUGUGAGCUGGCAUUACUCCAGUGUAUUUGCAUCCAAACUGCCUUCAUAAAGAUUCCUGUUAAGAUGAGUGUUUUGUCACAGUUCAAAAUGCUUGUUUUGUUGGGUUUAAUCGGGUUACAAGCCUGUGAUACUGUGAAUUUAGUAUUGUGUUUAUCACCAUUCCCUUUGUGGUUUCACCUUUGUAGGUAAUUAUGGAGAGAGUGGUAUGGAGGCAUUCAAAGACAUGGCAGCAAAAGAAGGAAUCUGUAUCGCCCACUCUGAUAAGAUAUACAGCAACGCAGGGGAGCAGAGCUUUGAUAAGCUGCUACAGAAGCUGCGAGCCCACCUACCCAAAGCCAGGGUGGUUGCCUGCUUCUGCGAGGGCAUGACGGUUCGAGGGAUACUGAUGGCCAUGAGAAGACAGCGCCUGGUGGGAGAGUUCCUGCUGGUUGGAAGGUGAGUGAGGGAUUGUGAGACGUGGGAUUCAUGACUCAGUUUUUUCACCCAUGGGCGCUUUGCUUUUUUUAAGAGGCUGAAAAAAGUGACUAACCAACUUGUGCUUCAGGUUUUUAUGUGUUUUGCAUUAAUUUCCACUUCAGAGUGUCUCCAGAUGUCCAUCACCAGCAGACAAGAUGUAUGUGUUGUCCUCUCAUCAUCAGUGUUAUCAUCUUCAUCAUGUACAUCAACUUCAUGAAGGAAAAUCAAGGUAUUUCAAAGUAAUUUCAUGUGAUAAUAACUGUCAUACAGACUAAUUUCCUGUUUUCUUCAUGUCGAAUGAAACUUCUUGUGUUUAAUUUUCUAUACUGACAUAGAUUGAAUCAGCCUUUAACACUUUUUUCCAGAUAUGACUUAUUCAAUCUCCUACUCGUUAAAUUAUAAUUGGCUAGAAAAAUACAUUUUACAGCUUUUAAAUGGGAAAAACGUGUAAGAAAAACAAAAAACUGGGCAUUAGAAGCACAUAAAACUUACGCAAUCAAAUGUAAAAGUAAAAUGAGAAUAAAAGCGGGAGAGAAGGGGUUGAUUAAGCAGCUGGUUUCACUCUGUCUCUCUCAUGUUCUGAGAAUAACAUGUCUUAUUUUAAGGUUUAGCUCUCUGGCUCUCUCUUGUCCCUGGUGUUCUAUAAAUGCCGAUCCUCAUUAGGAGCCACAUAUGUAGGCUGUCGCUCAAAUCUGAUGGCAGGAAAAAUAAAAUAACCUUGAACUACAUAUUGCAAAAACACCAGGUCCAGUCAGCUAUGGUGUCAUGUUAGGUUUUCAGACGGUUGUGGUGUUGUUAUAUAGUCAUUAGUAAAAGGUUUAAGUCUGUAGUUCUCAUUGCUGCAUAUUGGAGGGUAAUUUUAAUUGACAUGUUCUAUCUUUAUGCCUCUUUUGCUGCACAUGUAGCAAUGCAAUUAUGCAUGAGCAUGUGUCUGACCACGAGUUUGUCACCUCACUUCUCUUGACUUUAUUAUCUUUAAGUGAUCCUGGAUGUGUAACCCAUAUAGAUGAUUGGUUGCGUAUGAGUGCAGUGCAAGCAUAGUCACAGUCUUUUCAUAGAAAAAGAGAGGGAAGGAGCAGAUGAUCAAGAUUAGGUUUGGGUAGUGACCAGCAUUGUCUUAGCUGGUUUUGGACUGCUGUUUUAAAGUGAAUGUUACCCUUUAGCUAGUCUGUUUAUUUGCAGCUAGAGAGUUGAAAUAUGUUUUUAAGAAAACUGUAAACCACAGGGAAGGAUGUGUAGGCAUUAUCUAGAGUGUUGACAUAUUUUGACACCUUUGCCUUUUGAGUGAGAUAUCUAUUGUGAUUGAAAUUCAGUUUUGCACAUGAAUCCAUGUCACUCUUAAAAUGACUUUCAUGAUUAGAUGUUGGUGCAUUUUUGGCUUUAUUAGAUAAGACAGCUGAUGAGAAACAAGAAAUGUGGGGAGUAGACAGUGGGGGAAGACAUGCAGCAAAGGGUUAGGGCUGGGAGAGUCCAGCCUCUAAAUGCGGGGUGCUUAGACCGCUGCCAUUGGCGCCCGGUUUGAUUACAUCUCUUCCCUGUCAUAGCUCAGCAAGCCUCCAACAUUAAUGAGUUUGGGGUGGCUGUGGCUCGGUGGUAAAGUUUGUUGUCCGUCUAUUUAAAAGUUUUGGUCCUGCUGUCCACACGCCAAGGUGUCCUUGGGCAAGACAUUGGGCCCUAGUGUGUCCGCUGGUUGCGCCGAGCUGAAGGGGAUAAGUCAGAAAAACUGAUGAAGCUGUAAGUUUCAGCCUCAGCCAUCAGUGUAUGAAUGUGAUGUGAAAAAGUGAAUGUGACAUGUAAUGUGAAAGUGCUUUGAGUGGUCAGAGGACCUGAGACAGUGCUGUAUAAACUGUAGUCUUGCUAGAGUACAUGCAGCUUCUGUAAGCAGCUGCAUGUUAUGCUAAUUUCAGCCACUGUUGGUUUCUUUGGUUGUCAUGGUCACCAAAUCGGUUUUUGAUAUGGAAGUAACAGACUGUGAAUCACUGCAUAGCUGACGUGCUCAGUAACUGGUUCAGCUAGCUUCACUGCUAAAGCACAUAAUCUAAUCAACUAUAAUGAUGUUAAAAUCGAUCAGUUUGAAUAUUUUUUGGGAUUUUUUUACAUAUUUUUCUGCUUACUGUUAAAUACUACGCUAAUCACUGACAAUCUUAGCCUCUGUAAUAUUUUCUGACCGUUUGCAAAUGCAAGUUUGCUUUGUGAUUCUGAGCACGAGAGCACUAGGAUACAACAACUGACCCUUAGCAGAAAAAAAAAUCAUGAUUUAUAUGUCUGACAUUAUCCUUCCUCCUGUGUUAGCUUUUACUAUGCACCCACCAUGUUAAGGGUUGGUUUCGACCUGUGUCUUAAAUCAGCUGUAAAUUACACUAAAAACAAUUCUCUAUCAUCCAAUUUUGUUCUCAUCUCUAGUUUACCUUGUAAGGCUUCCUUAUCCAUGAAAAUAUUGCUUAUAAUAGUUUUAGUAGUGGGCUUCUGGGCCCCUCUUUGCCAGUGUACCCCUCACACAGACAUACUGAGUUGAUCUCACAUGUCUGGACAUGCCCAACAUUGUUUUUUGUGCAGGGUAAACAAGGCAAAAUGAUAAUUUCCUAAAUCUCACAUAAUUGGAAGAGGAUCUGACUGUCAAUGUGGUGCCUGGCAGUACGCAUAUGAUUUAGUUUUUGCUCUGAUUAUUAGAUAUUAAUCUAACCGAGUCAACAGCGACCCUAACAUGUCAAGUGCCAUAAUUUUAAUGACAGCAUUUUAUACUUAUGUCAAUUUUUUUAUUUUUUUUAUUUUGAUGAAAUAGAGGUUCCUGACAAAGUCAAAAAGUCUUAAUGCGAAAAAGCGAAUUUAAGUGUUUCUUUUAAGCAUUUAAAACCAAAAACGACAAUAAAAUAAAAGACAAUAAAUACCUAUCGAUGCACAUUAUAAAUCAGAACUUAAAGGGGAAACAGUUUUUGUCAGAAAAAGUGAAAUAAUCAUAAUACCAAUAUGUCAAGUUUUAUGGGUUAUUUUAGACCGUCACAUGAUGUCCUUUCCCACCUGACUAACACUGGCUAUCUGUGUUGCUACUAAAGCAUCCUGAUUCCCUCCUGGUUUUCCCACCUUCAAGUGCUGCCAUUUGCUUUUUGGACCAUCCGGCCAAAUACAGCAGCUCAUUCUUGCAGCUGUUCCACUUUUUUUCACGUCUUGUUUAGGCUCAUUUCAGAGACUGAAAUAUUUCCAGCCUGAAGUUCCUGCCACUAGAGUUCUAGUGUGCACUCAGAAAAGAUCUGGCUGGAAGUUGAUCAUUAUUGUGUGCACGAGAGGGAGCACACACGCACACUUGUGCAUGUCUUCGGGCUUGUAGGUGGUGCAGCAACAUGCUGCAAACAGCAUAUUGACCUACCAGGUCGAUGUGUGGGUUUAGAGCUCUCGUUCAAGAGUGAUUCAAACUAUCCAGAGUCAAAGCUCUCCAUGCUUUUCAUAUCCAUUCCUGUCAUUUUUUUUAUGCCAGUGUACAAUUUCUGUGCUCACUUCUCUAAGGAUGAGUUAUAAAAUGAUCUCCUACCUCACCCAGAGAACCAGGCAUCACACAAAAACCACCCACACUGCUGUUGUAUAACUCCAGCUCUGUUGGCGAAGUUUUCAAAAAUGACUUCUUUCCUUUUUUUUCUCGUCAGUUAGAAGGAGAGGAGUGUGUUUCUGUGAGUGUUUACAUGUGUGCACAUGUGUGGAGGUGUAAUCAGGCUUCUGUUGAUGAUUGUAGAAGAGUGUCCAGAGGGAAAGAUAAUAAUAGAUGCUAGAAGAAACCUUCCCAAACAGCUCACUGAUGAAAAAGCUUAUUGAGUCAAAGCCCACAAGGUUUUUGAAUAAACAUCAGAACAGAUGUGUCUGCAGACUGGUCUGGUUGUGUUUGUCUAAUGUUUAAUUCUCAUUGAGCAUAAGGAACGUUUUUGUGGUUACUCACAGAGGCUGUUGCACCGCCUUGACUCUGGAACAAAACAAUUGUUAUUUAUUUGGCAUUUUGAGGAACAAAUCAAUGUUAAUCCUGACCUCCUCGGAGCUAAAAGAAAAAAAAAAUACAUUAACCGAUAGGUUCACAGGAGAAGUGUAUUUCUGUUAUGAGGGGCUUGUAUGUACACGGAAAAAUCCAUCCCUUAAGUGGUACAAGCCAAAUGAAUCAAUAUGCUCUUUAUCACAAGUAUGUCUCAGUGGACUGCACACAGUAUAAGCCUUCAGAGAUCCAAUGAUCUAAGCGGUUGAGCAAAAACUCUCCAAACAAAGUGAAGUGAUUGUGAAAGUUAUACCUACAGAAAAAAAACACACAACACCAUGCAGGUAUAACAGCUCUCUCUAGCCUGCUCAUCCUCGCACCACUAACCUCUCAUCCGUAGAGGUUAUCUCAAAUGAUCACUGACUGUUAUUACUUUCUCUUUGGUGCACCGGCUGGUCCUGCUAUCACUGCAUUGUUCCACUCCUGGCCAUGACCCUUUCCUGCGUGUCCUCCCUUUACUCUCUACGCCUCGCAUUUCUGUAUCUCAAGCUGAAAUGAUGUAUUUCACCUCCAAAUUUUCAUCUUGUAUAGAUAUGUGAGAAAGUGCCUUUUCUUUUCAUCACCCACUUAGUCUUGUGUUUGCAAGCCUGAGUCAUCUUAAUAAAUAUUUUAUUCUACUGUAACUCUCUGCACCACCUGCCUCCUUUAAUUGCUUUAAUACUGCUCUGAAGUGGCACCGGAUUAUUAUUAUUAUUAUUAUUAUUUAUUUCUUUAUUCUUACAGCAGGCUUACAGCUUUAAAAACUCCCUCAUUUGGUCAUAAACUUUUUCUUAAUACAAUCAGUGCAAACUACUUACAGUAAUCUGUUGCACCCUAAUCUUGCAUUGUGACUUAAAGCAGAGCUAUUUAAUGAUAUCAGUGAAAAUCCCUCUCUUUUGUGAAGCCUGCUCCACUGAGUAAAAUACUAACUCGGGUCCAAGACUAGGAGUAGAACCCCUGUGCAAAGCCCAUUAGUCAGGCUGCAACUCUGUUCCCUCUUGCAGAGUUAAUAAUCCUCAGUAGUUUUUUAUAUCUGACAUUUGAUGCAAGAUUUGUGUAAAAAGCAAAAUAAAAAAUCUGGUUUAUCUGCAGGCCCUCUGAAUAGUAUUUUCUUGGUAGCAACACUGACAGAUGUGAAACAGAGAUUUCCUUUGUAACAGCAAAUCAGUCAGUAAAAUCGUAAUGAAUUAUUUACUUGUCUGGCAUUGUGUCAGGUUUUACGAGCUGCUACUGUCUAUUUGUGUAGACAAUUAAACACUGGUGUGGGUUGCAGUAUUGAGCAACAGUUACCAAGAAACAAGGACGUACUGUAUGGUUUCUGUGUAACAGUAAGAAAGCUGUUAUGUAAGGAAAAGCUAAUUGUUGAGUUAUUUGGAUGUAUCUCAGAACUUCAGUUUAAGUACUAAAACAAUCAAGAGCUGGAGAGAAAGUUAGGAAUCUAAAAGUCAACAAUCACUUAAGAAUAAGUAACAAAAACGGUCUUUCCUCCAGCUUUCGUUUUACCUUCAUUUUUCUCCUGUACAGUGAUGGCUGGGCGGACAGGUACGAUGUCACCGAUGGUUUCCAGAAGGAGGCAGCAGGUGGAAUCACUAUAAAGCUGAAGUCGGCCUAUGUGACCUGGUUUGAUGAUUAUUACCUGAACCUGAAGCCUGACUCCAACCUGAGGAACCCUUGGUUCCCAGAGUUCUGGCAGCAUCGCUUUCAGUGCAGACUGAGGGGACAUCCACAAGAGAGCAACAAAUACAACCGCACCUGCACCUGUUAGUAAAACACAGAUCUUAAUUUUCAUAUAUCCUGUUACAUUCUCCUUAUGAGCAUCUUUCUGUCUCUUCAGGGAGGGAGUCUCUUCGCCAACAGUACGCCCAAGACACCAAGAUGGGUUUUGUAAUCAACGCCAUCUAUUCCAUGGCUUAUGGCCUUCACGCCAUGCAGCAAACCCUCUGUCCAGGAUAUAAGGUGAAAUAACACAUAGUAAGUAUAUUUAUUUACUUUCACAAAGGGAUUGAUGAUGAUGACUGUGCUUGCCUUUACCCUGGUGCAGGGUUUAUGUGAAGCCAUGAGGCCCAUUGAUGGUCGCACGCUGCUGGAAUUCCUGAUGAAAACCAACUUUACCGGCGUGUCUGGAGAGGCCAUCCUCUUUGACCAGAAUGGAGACUCACCUGGCAGGUAAAGGUCACAUUAAUGGGCGUAAAGGAAAAGGAAGGAAGGAAGAAAAUUAGGGAGAAAAAAAUGCCAAAAUGAUAGCAUUCAUAUGUCUGAUACGGCAGGGGUGCAGCUAGCCCAUAGACUGUAUAUACAAUGGACAACUUGGUUCCGCCUUCCACCAGUAUACAGAUUUGAAGCCGAAAAGCUCUCGGUAUUUCCACGAUUUUUGUCCGUGUCCUGAAACCAACAUUACGCAGUAGCAUUGUACGCAUUGGGUGGGAGAGUUGCUGAGAAUCGCUGUUAUGACGCUCGCCUCAAACAGCGUAUCGCCGGGUGAGCUACGCAAUCUUUGUACACCCAUAGGCUGUAUCAAGUGUCAAUCAUAGAAAACCCCUCAGUAACUUUUAAAAACAGAGCUGUACAGAAAAAAAGAGGACUUGAGCACAAACCAGUCUUACAGUAACUACAUGUCAACAUCGCAAGCAGGGGGGAGAAAAAUUUAUAGUCUGUAAUAAAUUUCUAAAGUUUGUCCACAGUUCCAUAAGCUUUGCUGGCGGAGGCAGGAUUUAUGACCUAUACUGCAGCCCGUCACCAGAGGGUGCUGUUCUCAGGGUGGCUGUACCCAGCGAGGAGGCAGACGCUGUCCAUUCUUUAUACAGUCUAUGAGCUAACCUAGCAGUUGAAGGGUGUGUCGCAUAUACAGAAGUUGUGUCAAGGGUCCGAUUUCUGUCUGGGGCCUCUUUUCUUUAUGCCACCUCCUGCUCUCUCUCUCCGUUUUCUGCUCUAUCCACCGUUCUGUCCUAUCCAAGUAAAAGCUAAAGCCAAAAAUAGAAAAAAAAUAAUCAAUAUGGUAUCUGUGCCUCAGGUAUGAAAUCAUGAACUUCAAGCACAUUGGCGAGGAGGAGUACGCUUACAUUCAAGUGGGAAGGUGGGAUCAAGGCGGCCUGAAGAUGAACGAUGAAGAAAUCUGGAGUAAUGAGAGUGAAGUCAUCACGUCAGUCUGCUCCGAGCCCUGCCAGAAAGCACAGAUAAAGGUGCACAAAACUCAAACCGUUCUUGUACUUUCAUGUUUACCCAUGCAGCAUAGCACAUCAACCAACGUCUCCUAACAUUAACAUUUAAAUUACUUCAUAAAUAAUCACAAUUCUUGCAUUUAUUGCUAUGGUGAUUACCUCCAACCAAAAGAUAUCGCUUCAUACAUUCAUACUGCUCUUUAGUCUAGAGAACAUUUCACAGCUACGGUGAAAAAAAAAAAAAACUGUUAAGAAAGACCCACACAGCAAGCUUGAUUUGGUCCCACAAGUUUACAAUCUAAAAAAAAUGGUCCAAUCAGAUCAUCGAGUACCCAACCAGGGACACAGUAAAGCCCUUUGUUCAAGCUUUAAUCAUGUCCCAUCUGGGCCUCAGUAACUCCCUUCCAAAUCAAGGAAAACAUUGCUAUCUGCCUCGUCUUUAUCACCCCAGUGGUCUUAAUAUUAAACCGUCCUACACACUCUACACUGACUCCUUUAAUCUGUUGCUAUGAAGCUUUUUCAGGAAUUCAAAAUGCGCUACACACGUUCAUAAUGUUUGCAAACUGGUGCAUACAAUUAAAUUUGUAGUAUGUUUUUUUGCAACCCCAUGGUCAGAGCCAUUUUAUCUUCCACAUACUUGCAUAGUUGUUAUUCCCUCUCACUGUAUGUGUAUAUUCCUCUUUAUCAGUUUCCAUAAAUACUAACAUGCAUGUCCUCAGAGUGUAAAAAAAGCUGUGGUACCUCAGAAAACAAACUUAACCAUUUUACCCUGAUUAUUUUCCAACUAAUUUCCCCGCCGAUGAAAAGAAGUUAUGUUUAGUAUCUUUUUUUCGUCUUCUUUGAUUCCCUGAUGAAGAAGUCUUCAUUUCCCCGGUCUGCAGGGCAGUCAGAGUGUAUCAUUAGCCACAGUAAAAACCAUCAGAGCUUUGAGACCUGUCUGCCCUUUCACAAAGCUGUGAAUAUGCAUGUCUCCCCAGGUGAUCCGUAAAGGAGAGGUGAGCUGCUGCUGGACGUGCACUCCCUGCAAAGAGAAUGAGUUUGUGUUUGAUGAGUACACCUGUCGAGCGUGUGUCCUCGGCACCUGGCCAACAGACGACCUCACCGGUAAACACAUUUUCCCUGCAUGUCUGUAACUUCUAACAAAUACAAGAUUUCCAAACACACAAGAAGAUUUGGGUUGUGCAUUUACGGUGCACCCAAAAUCUCCUCACAUGUUACCUAACAUUUACACACCAAUUUGUGGAAAGUGUUUCCAGCUUUGAUAUUUUUUGCUGCUGCAGAAAAAAUAGUAAUUUUCACCCAAACCAAGAUGAAUGAGAUUCUUGCCAGAGUGAAAGAUUUGGCUGAAAAAAUUGGGCAUUUUCCUACCUUCUGAAAACACUUAUCUCCUAGAGUAAUCCAUUCAUCGUGUAAUAAGAAAAAUGUCCAUCAAGCUUUAACUCUGUUAAACCCCUCUUUUAUUCUCAUUUUCUCCCUUACAGAUCCCCGUAAUGUUCAAGAACAUUUAGCCUCAGCUCUUAAGACCUAGUAGACUACAGAUAUUUCCAUAUGAAGCUAUAUACAAACACAUUAAUGCACAUUCUUAAACCUCCUAUAACGAAUCAAACAAACCCUUCAUAUUUUGCCGUGUCUUGUCUCCUCACACUAUAUCCCUUUUUAUCCCUCAGGUUGUGAGCCAAUCACUGUGCAGUUUGUGCUUUGGGGGGAUCCAGAGCCCAUCGCUGCGGUGGUGUUUGCCUGUCUGGGCCUGCUGGCUACACUUUUCGUGACUUCAGUCUUCAUCAAGUAAUGAUUGCUUACGAAUGGAUUAGUCACAUCAAUACACAAAAUGAUCACAGAGUCAAAACAGGCCUAAUUUGGGGUAGCAUUGCAAUAACAUGCAGUAAUAGAAAUAGUUCAUCUUCGUCCUACAGGGCAAACUUUUUCAGUUUAGUCACUGUAACUCAAUUUCACUGUGUGUUUUUUAACUUACAGUACAUGAAACAACUUCUUCCUAAACUCUGCUAAUACAUGAAUCCUUUGGUGUCAUGAACAAAACCAACAGUGGGACCCAAAUGCAGGACAGUAGCCACGUUUACACGGACAAAAUUUCUUGAUCUGGUUAGAUAGAUAGAUAGACUUUAAGUUUUUCAUUUGUGUGCAGUUUGCUCUUGUUUUGCAGCAGAGAGUAGAGAUAAACUGUCAGCGUCUCUACUCUCUGUUUUCACGGCUCUGUCCACAUACAGAUGAUGAGCUGGAUGGGAAGGGGACAUUUAGAUAUGGAUCCAAUUUCCAGCUUCCUCUCUGAAGCAAAGUAGCAAACAGCAGCUCUCCCAGUUUGAUGAAAAACAAAAAGGAAAAACAUGCAUAAGUUUCUAACUUACUUACCAUGUGUGAAAGAAAUCUUUUGACUCAUUAAACUAUUUCUUUCAUUUUUCUCAAUCAAUUCAAUUGAAUUUAUUUGUAGAUUUUGGGACACCCCUGUGGUCAAAUCCUCCAGUCGUGAGCUCUGCUACAUCAUCCUGGCUGGAAUAUGUUUGAGCUACCUGUGCACCUUCAGCCUUAUUGCCAAACCACACAUAGUCUAUUGCUACCUCCAGCGGCUGGGGAUCGGCCUGUCGCCUGCCAUGAGCUACUCUGCCUUGGUCACCAAGGUACAUAUUUACUCUCUUACAUCGUUCAAGUGGCAUCAUUUUUUGUCAUGUUUCACUUCUUGUCAGUUAAAGGGAUAUUCUGUCGUAGAUUAAGUUAAGGUCAAACACACAACACUGAGUUAGACACCCCCUAGAGAGAUGAAUGUUGCCGACUGCUUGCUCCUCUAGUUAUACCAACUUUAGUAACAACCGCACGAUAGCAAUACACAGUGGUCUAAAGAGCCAUAAACAAACCUCAACCAAAACGCAACAAAUAAUGAGAGCGGCUAAACACAACUCACCUACUCUCUUCCAGCAGCCACUUGUUUGUAGGGAGAGCUCUGACCAAUCCAUCACCGACUGCAGCGAGGUGACACAGCUCAAGAAAGAAAUUUGUCUCUUUGCUAAAGAAAUUAGGCAAACUUAAAAAGAUGUUUGGUGGCUAGUUUUAUGGCUAGGACCCUAUAUGUGUUGUUGAUGAAGUCAGGUGUUGUUCUGAGCAUUAUUUGUGGCUACAGAGUGGCAUUUUGGUUGAGGUGUGCGCGUGGAUUCAUAGACCGCAGUAUAUUGCUAUCGUACGUUCAUUACUAAAGUUGGUAUAACUAACUUAAUUUUACGCCAAUAUCCCUUUAAGACUCAAAUUUUCCAUGUCUUUUUGUUAUGUCUGACUUUUAUAUCAAACCCAGGACCUUUCUGAGUUUCUCCAGUGUCAAAACUAAUAUUUUUACCCUCUCAUUGAAGGCCUUAUUACAUGACCUGAAGAUCAGAAACAUUCAGUUUUUCAUAAAUGUUGAUAUACUUUAGUAUAAAGCAGGAUGCUGGGGACAAACUGUGUUCAAAUUAAUCAUUAUGAAGUCAGGAGAACUAAACUGCCAAAUUCCAGCUUAAAGUAGUUUUUAAAGAGCCCUCACUGCUGUCAUUACACACUCUCACAGAGGGAGUGGAGGACAAACAGGAACAUUAUACAGUAUGCGCUGAACGUAGGAGUCUUUGGCAGAAAAGAGGAGUCAGCCUUGUACAAGAGUUGCACAUGAAGCUAAAUUAUAUAGGAUGGUUGUUUUUAGCAGUUUGAUAUGAUCUGAGUGUUUGAUAUCUAAAUAAGUACUUGCACAUGGAUGUAGCAAAGGUAUUUUUAAGGGGUAACUUUAAUAUUUCAGUUUUAUAUUUCACAUUUAAUCAGACACCGUGUCUACUAUCACGGUACAGUGUUUUGGAGUUCUUUUAGAGGGGUCAUCUGAGGAUACAGGAAAAGUAAAAGAGCUACCUCAAGAGUUUGGCUGAAGGCCAGUAGUCAGGGAGAGAUGCUCGUGUGGGCUGAGGUUGUUGUUUGAGAUCUGGGAUCUGAAAAGGGGAUUAUUGUUAUGAAUCAGUCAGUGUGAGCAGUAUUAUCCACAUUCGAUGCAAGUGAAGCCUGCAUUACCACUUGAUCUAUUUUUGAUUCCAGACCAACCGAAUAGCACGGAUCCUGGCAGGCAGCAAGAAGAAGAUCUGCACCAAGAAACCGCGCUUUAUGUCCGCCUGCGCACAAUUGGUCAUCGCCUUCCUACUCAUACUGCUGCAGCUAGGGAUUAUUGUGGCACUUCUCAUCAUCGAGCCACCACAGGUUUGUGUUUCAAAAUGUGGGGGAUGCUCGUUUGCAUUUACUUAGACAGAUAGACUGACCUCUGCCUGUCUCUCCUCUUAGGUGAUCUAUGACUACCCCAGUAUACGAGAGGUGCACUUGAUCUGCAAUUUGACCACUCUGGGGGUGGUGGCGCCUCUGGGCUAUAAUGGCCUGCUUAUCCUCAGCUGCACCUUUUACGCCUUCAAGGUACUUCAGCAUGACAGCAAUUAAUAAUACCCGUGUCACCUCACUUUACCUGUCUAUAUGUUUUUUUUUUCUUCUGCUUUAAAAGUUUUCUUUUCAUUCUUCUCCUGCAGACUCGCAAUGUCCCGGCUAACUUCAACGAGGCCAAGUAUAUUGCCUUUACCAUGUACACCACUUGUAUCAUCUGGCUGGCCUUUGUUCCUAUUUACUUUGGCUCCAACUACAAGAUCAUAACCAUGUGCUUUAGCGUCAGCCUCAGUGCCACAGUAGCACUCUGCUGUAUGUUUGUCCCAAAGGUAAAAACAUGUUCCCUUUGCACAAACCAGCGAAAGUUUGAAAAAUAACUUUGAUCAUCAAAAGAAAACUCUGAUCUGGUUUUCUAUCUUUAAACUGGCUGUUAUUUUCUUUGCUGUUUUUUUCCUGUCAGGUCUAUAUCAUGCUUGCCAAGCCUGAGAAAAAUGUCCGGAGUGCUUUCACAACAUCCACGGUGGUGCGCAUGCAUGUAGGCGACGCAAAGAAGGCUGCCAAGUCUGGCAAACCCUCCAGCAGCAUGGCCAACUUCUUCAGACGCCGCGGGUCAACGCAGGAAGAUAUCAGGUACAAGGAGGAGCUUUGCGGAUAAUUGGCUAUAAAUAAAUGUAUGUUGAAUUAUUUACAACCCUGGUGCCCUGUUGCUUUAUACGUCAGUCAUGUGAAUUGUGUUUUUAAAGCUGUGAAAUGAGUGCGUUUUCAUUCAUUACAUCUAAAAAGAGGGGAAUACUUAAGGUACAAUAAGGUCUUAUUUUGUAUCACUGACACUUGCAAAGGAUCAAAACCCACACAGCUGUCUUUAUUACACAUCUGAUUCAUUAAGGUUGUUUUAUCCGAUAUGCUCUGUGUGUUUCACUCCUAUUAUUGAUGUUUGUUUUUGUUUUUAUAUAUUGACACCAACCUGCUAAUGGGACUGGGGAUGGAAAUAAGAUGCUUGGCUGUAAUCCCAUGCAUUUACAUGUAAAUGUUCUUUAAUGUAUAUGGGUAGCACUUUAAAAUAACCACAAUUUAUAAAUGGUAAAUAGAUAGUUUAUUAAUGUUUAAUCAUCAUUUAAAAAACAGCAUAAAGACCAAUUAUGAAUGGCAAAUAGAUAGUUUAUUAGUGUAAGUUAAUAGUUACGUUACCAUUAACAAGCAAUGAAAUUAUGAUUAAUAAUUUUCAUUGAUUAUUAAUGGACUAUUUAUUAAAGGUUAUAUAGGGUUUAAAUGUUGGUUGUAAAACAUGUAGAUGAUUAAAAUGUGUGUCAGUAGCACUUUGUAAAUGGAUAAUAUUUGGUUUAAAACCAUCUAUAAACAUUACUCAGAUGGUUUUUGUAAAGUUAGGUUAAGGUUUUGAAAAUUGUCAAAUUUACAAUUUAUUAAUGGUCUAUAUGCUGUUUAUAAAUGAUGAUUAAACAUUAAUAAACUAUCUGCUUACCAUUUAUAAAUGGUCGUUUUACCAUUUAUAAGUUAUGGUUAUUGUAAAGUGUUACCUGUGUAUUGUCCCAUUUUUAAAAAAUAAAUAAAUCCUAAAUCGAUUAUCAAUUACAAAUGUACUGUGUAAUACAAUAAUGUCAUAUUGUGCUAUUUUCUCAAGUUCACUUUUUGCAGAUUUUUGUCACAUUAGCUAGUAACGCUACCAACUCAAUCAUGAUUUCCAUAUAAGAUACUCAGCACUCUAUUUUUUCUAAGGACUGAGUCUGAGGAGGCAACCAUGGCACGAUCAAACCUCAUUGACACUACCUUCCUCUCUUAUUAAUGAGCGAUCUGAAUUAAUCCCCCUUAAAGCCACAUACCUCAGCUGUUUUUGUUCACCAACCCUUGCACAGUCAUCCCUGCUGAGAUAUUGCCCAGAAAGAAAUUAUCCUUGUUAUCUCCUUAACUAGAAGUUGGAGCUGAACCCACCACAGUCCUGAGAAAAACUACUCUCUGAGCUGGAAAAAGCCUCUCUCAUUUGGGUUACGUACUCCCAGUGGAGUUUCCAGUGCCUUUGAGGAUUUUUCUUUCUAAGGAAGAUAAAAGAAAAUGUAGAGGGGUGAAAAAUUACAGUGUGAAAGAAGGGGGGAUGGUGGAAAUAGUGAGGAGGAGAAUGAAAAAUAGACCUCAGAGAAGGUGGGAGAGGGUCUUCUCUUAAUGAAUAAUGAAGAUGUAACUUUAUUUCUGCCAAAGACGUACUCAUAGAGUCUUUAUCCUACAGCUAGCUUCUUUAAUACUUCAUCAAAUAUAAGGGGGGCUGAGUGGGGCUCUGCCUUUUCAGAGGACUUUCCUGUACAGAGUGUAACUGUACUGAUGAGCAGGAAGAAUUGAUAUUUCUUCACUCACUUUUCAACCUUUUAUUUUUCAUCUGUAUUUCUUGUUUUGCAGCUCCAAUGGUAAAUCUGUGAAUUGGGCGCAGAAUGAGCGGGGAUACAGACCAAACCUUUGGAAGAGGAUGUCGUUUCAUGUGAAGAAAAAGGAAGCAGUGGAGGUGAAUCAGACAGCCAUAAUAAAGCCUUUCUCUAAAGGAGGAGAUACCCCCGGAGACACAGGUGCCAAAGAGCAGUACGAGGAGCCGCAGGCGUCUCAGCCCUCUUUCCAGGCCACAGAGGAAGGGGAGGAAGCUUUACCCACGUACAUAGCUGAGAACUCUGCUGGAGUGAGGACAAGAGGUGGAGAUAAUGACCAGGAUGCUGCUCUGCAGGACGGUGGAGACAUCAGUGUCAUAGGUGUCGGUGAAAUCGGCAUGGGGAUGAUUGGAAACCAACCUCAGGGCACCACCAUCAUGGACCAAAUCAGCUGCGUAGUUAACCGUUUCACUGCCAACAUCAGUGAACUUAACACCAUGAUGCUGCCGGGGGGAGCCACUGUCAGCACCACUGCCAACACCACUCUGCCCACAGCUACAGACCCCGCCAACUGCCCACCUCAGUACCUCGCAUCCAGGGGCAGACAGGCCCCUUCCACUGUCACCACAUACGCCGAGGUCGCCGCUGUCUCGAAUUACUGCGAGAACAGACCAGCGGGGAAAAUUUACGAGCACUUGAGUAGCAGGCGAGCAAAGGAUAUGGAGGAGUUGGUGGCUCUGACGCCUCCGUCACCAUUUAGAGACUCAUCUCUGAGCUCUGACGGCAGCUCAACCCACUCCAUGUCACCGGCCUCCGAGGCUGAAUAUGACCAACUGCUGCUGAGACACUACAGUCAGAGCUCGUCCUCUCUGUAAACUGUCUUACUCUGCCGUUUUUUUCCUCCUUGAUUUUCCUCCAUUUGGAUUAUUUUACACACAAAAAAGCCUGAGACUGGACCAAACUCUUGGAUGCCUUUCAUGAAAUGGAUAUCUUGAGUGUUUUAGCAUUUUCUGAGACUAAAUGUACCCACACGCAUCUCCAGUUGGAAGGACUAAGAGAUGAAUACACGGCUGCAAACGGCUUAAUGUUGAAAUGAAUCUGAUCAAAUAUCCAAGCUUCAUCUUUUGUCUCUGAAACUGAAACACUACACGGGCAUUUUACACUCAAAAUGACACAAAUUUCUAACUCUGUCUUAAACUUUAAAGACCUCCAAAGAGAUACUGAUUAGCAGAACAUGAUAAUUAUUAAAAAUAGUUAGCAGACAUAAGUGAGGGUAAUUUAUAUUUAGUAUUUCUUUGUGUUUUGCCAAACAUGGCUUUUAUUUGAAUCUCAGAAUGGCAUUGUCAUUUUUUACAUAAGGUAUUAGAACUUCAAGGUUACUUUAAUUUCAUACUAACAGCCUUAUCUUUUCGCAUUAAGUGUGAUUUCUUUUUAUUACUCUUACUAUUUCUUUUCUGUUGACUCUGUAAACAAGGUUUGUUGGUUUUUACUUUUUGGUGCAAACUGCCAUAUUUGAUACCUUGAGAGUGGAUCUAUAUCUAUUCAGGAUGAAACAACAACUCAAAUACUUUUUACCUACAAUUAAAGGUCAGUCACGAGUCACGACACUUCUUUCCUUCUCACUUGGCAAACAUUUUGAAUGGUUACUUAAAGGAGAAAGUGUAAAGAAGCUGCAUUCUGUGUGGCAGUAGGCAGGACUCCUCAACAGUCUCUCUUUUUUUUGUUUUUACCUGAAUCACAGCAUUUACCGAAACCACUCAGAUCCUAGGAGGACAGCAUGUCUUAAGGGAAUUUGAGGCGAAGUCUGCGAGGACAAAACUUCAUCAGGUAUCUAACCCACAAAGAGCUUACGGACUCCUUACAUUAUGUCGUUUCAACCCUUUAUGAUGUGACUUAGCUGAAUGUACCAUAAGUUGUCUUUUGAAGUGGACCAAACUACUCUCUGACGUCAGCUCCUACCUGCCGAACAAGCACCGCUCUCUGUUUCCAGUUUGCAUGAUGUCAAGAAUUGUUUGCACUCUUAAAGCUGCAUUUGUAAUGAAAUACUUUGAAUAACCUACAUGUCAGGCCUAUCGAGAUAAAUAGAUUCAGUAGCAAAGUUACGAUACGAUUAAUAACAUAUUUGUGUUUUUCAGACCAGUGUUUCUUGGAGACAGUUGAAGUGGAAGGUUGUGGUUUUCUUUAGACAUAAAUGACCAGACAUCUUGUUUUUUUAAGCCUGGCUUCUUUUUUUACCUUGACACUGUUUGUGCCAAUGUCUUCCUGCUGUAAUUACUGUACAUUAUAUUCAUGGGCAGAGAAUCUCAGUGUAAGCCCAUUUUAUUUCAAAAUGUUAAAACACUUCAGGCAUUAUUUUAAAAAUAUUUCAUGACAUUUAAUCGUGCUUCGAUGCAUGGACAUAUUCACCAUCUUUUCCUUUCCUCUGUGAUUUAUUUUUCUCCGUCUGCAAUCUGGCCUUUCUGCAGAUGUACAUUAAUGAAAGUGAGCAUUCACAGGCUAGCCGAUGUAAUUGAUGGUGUACAUGUGGGGGCGUCUGUUUGUUUAUCCGAGUCUUGCUUCAAUCUUUUCUCUCUGUACUUAAACACGGGCUGUAAUAUGUUCCUGUUUAGACAUACUUUGUAUUUUUCACUGAAUUUAGUGGUUUUGGUGUAAAAAUGAACAUAGACAGGCGCCUUAUUUGCAUGCAGGUUCGUGCUUCCUGAAAUUCUUAUCAGGUGCAUAUAGUAUAUUUGAAGCUAUCACUUUUAUGACUAUCUUACAGAGGACAUUUUUCUUGGUCUUAUGUCUUCAUUUGCCUUUCAGAAAGCCAGAAUUUAGUAUUUAGAUGUUUGCUGCAUUAAAGGUUUACAUCACAAAUACA